AUGGCACCGAGGCCUGUCCGGGUGUGCCUUCAGGAAGAGCCAGCCACCGGCACGCUCAUGCAGAACAGCCCCGCUGUCCUCCUGGUGGUGUCCAAAACGUGGACCUGUUACCCGGUGUGCAAUCCAGUCACUGCAUCAAUUAACCACAUCUCCUUGGCUGGAGGCUCUACUUGUUUCUAUGCCUUUGUUGGAUUUGACUGCAUCGCUACCAUGGGGGAAGAAGUGAGGAACCCGCAGAAAUCCAUCCCCAUAGGCAUGGUGCUCUCUCUCCUCUUCUGCUUCCUGGCAUACUUUGGGGUGUCUCCUGCACUCACCCUGAUGAUGCCCUACUACCUCCUGGACACCAUGAGCCCGCUCCCAGUGGCUUUUGAAUACAUUGGCUGGAGCAGUGCAAAGCAUGCUGUGGCUGUGGGGUCACUGUGUGCCCUGAUGACCAGCCUCCUGGGCUCCAUGUUCCCCAUGCCAUGGAUCCUGUAUGCAGUGGCUGGAGACGGGCUCCUCUUCAAACCUUUGGCCAAAGUUAGUCACCUUCAGUGCCCGGUGGUGGCAGCACUGUUAUCUGGAGGAGUGGUAGCUCUCCUGGCCCUCCUUUUUGACCUGAAAGCCCUGGCUGACGUCAUGUCCAUUGGCACACUGCUGGCCUACUCACUGGUGGCUGGCUGUGUGCUGCUGCUCAGGUAUUGGCCUGGACCCAGAGCUCAGGACACUCUGGUGGGGAAGGUCCCAGCUGUGCAGCUCUGGUGGGACCAUCUUGUCUGUCUGCCCCCACAUCCCACCCCACGUUCCUUUGCUGUGGUGGCCUGGGCUCUAACAGCUGUAGCUGCCCUGGUCCGUGCCAUGAGCUGGGUGAGCACCACUGGGCUGCCCUGUCUCUGGACUGGGGGUGCCUGGUGCGUCACAGCUCUGGUUGUGCCUCCACUGGGUAUCCCGCUGGCAGCUUUGCUCAUCUGGAGGCAGCCUCAGAGCUGGGAGAGAGCAUCUUUCAUGCUGACUGCCGAGGCACUGACUAUGCGGGGCUGUUUCCUCCUUACUGUGGAUGCUCCCAUACUGGUACCCAAACCCACUGAUGUGAGAUGGAGGCUACUGCUUCUUACAAACUUGUAAUUGUUACAGCCAGCGGCACGUUGGCCUGGUGCAAAUACAUACACAUGUGUGUGCACACACACUCACCCCUCAGCUGAACAGCCUCGGGGAGGGGACAGCCCAGCACCAGCCCCUGGUGCAGUGACUGUCCCACCACACUCCAGUGGAAAGUGCCUGUGUGCAUCCAGCCGUGACCUGUGGCCCCACUGCUGUGCUGACAGCGUCUCCUAUGGUGAGAUGCACUGGCUCGGAGCAGGGAGGGAUGUGACUUGCUGGCAGCUGCCUGCUCCCAAAGUGGGAGGAUGGUCUGCUCCCUGA